CGCGGUGAUCCCGAGGGGCGGCACCUCCACACGAGUCCCGGCUGGGCGACUUCGACUCCGUGGGACUACUGCUUUUACUUUCGCUUCAGCCUCGGGCGGAUUUUGCCUGUGUUUCCUCCACGAGAGGAAGGCUUGGCUUCCCAGCAGGGCCGGAGUGAGGAAAGGAUGGCUGCAGACGGCCUCUCCAGCAAGGCUUUGAAGGUGAAGCGGGAGCUGGGGGAGAACACUCCACUGCUGUCAGAUGAGGAGCUGAUGGGGCUGUCAGUGCGAGAACUCAAUCACCACCUGCGGGGCCUCUCCAAGGAGGAGGUGGCAAGGCUGAAGCAGCGCCGUCGGACGCUGAAGAACCGGGGUUAUGCUGCCAGUUGCCGGGUGAAGCGCGUCUGCCAGAAGGAAGAGCUGCAGAAGCAGAAGAUGGAGCUGGAGUGGGAGGUGGACAAGCUGGCCCGGGAGAAUGCUGCCAUGCGCCUGGAGCUCGACACCCUCCGUGGCAAGUACGAGGCCCUGCAGGGCUUCGCCCGCACCGUGGCCACUCACGGCCCCCCCGCCAAGGUGGCUACCGCCAGCGUCAUCACCAUUGUCAAGUCUGGCACCAACCAGGCUACCUACUCCUAGUGGUGGCCUCCAUCCCCCGGCUGGAGACGGUCCUCCCCGGGGUGUCUUCCCCAUGAAUUGCCUCCCAGCCCUUCCCCAACCUCUUCCCUGUGAGCACCUGUGCCCAAAAUCCUCUUUCUCCCAUCCCUUGACCUCCAGUUUCCCCAGAUAGGGAGGGCUGCUGCUAUGUGGGUGCUAGGGUGGAGGACAGGACUUAACUGGUGGUCCCCAUAGCCCCCUACCCUCUCGGGUGUGCAGACAGGAGAGAGCAAACCCACAAAGGCAGCAGUGGGAACCAUCCAAGCUGGUAGGAAAAUGCCAGGUGCCUCUUUUUUGUGAGAAGGUAUGGGAGACCUAAAUGUGGGCCAGGCAGUCCCAGGAGCAUGUGCCAGAGAGAGAAGAGGAGAGGUUUUGCAGUGGAGGGGAAGAAGGCAUGACAGAAGGGUAUCAGCGUUGAGCAGACAACCUGGACCACAGCUGGAGCAGGGUGGGGAGGUGGCAGCAUGUCUGAAGUCUCCGAGGAUGCAGAUGGCAAGGGAAGGUUAGCAGGUCAGAGGGGGAGAUAAAGUGGCUGCAUGUUAAUGCCUGGUAAGGGUGAAUGGAAUGGGAAAACACUGUGGCAGCAUGUGGUGCUGGGGGACCCCAGAGGUGACAGUGAUUGGGCAGGGGGAAGCUGGGAGACAUGAGUGGGUCAGCCCAGGCUGUUCUCCGCAAAGGGGAGAAGCAGUGCUGUUUUAUCUUUCUCUAACAUGCACAUCCUUCGCGCCUCUUCCUGCUGACGGGACACUCAGCCUGGCUGGGUGUCUGAAGCUCGGCAGCACCGGCAGGAAGGAAGCAGAGGCAGCUGGAGCAGAGAUAAACACUGUUUUGCUCAGUACAGGCCAACUUGUAUGGCCCCGCCAAGCCCUCCCUGCUGCCCCACCGCCUACAAAGCCUAUGGAAAGGUGCUCCCGGCCCUCAGAGUCAGAGAUGUGGAGGCAGAGAGAGGGGUGGAGGUGCAGGAGGUGGGAAGUAGGGGCAGAGAGCAUCUCUGCUCCUGGGUUUUCCUCCAGUUUGGACACCAGUGUGGGACAACUGCCAUUUGAGCAGGCUAAAAGGCUGGAGAAGAGCUGGGUUUGCUAAAUACAGGCAGCACAGGGGAGGGAGCAGGAGGCAGGUCUAUCUGCUGCUGUAGAUGAUUCCCCUGCCCCUCCAUUCUGCCCCUGCCUCGGUAUUGCUACGCCAGCCACCCUCAGCUGCAGCUCCAUUUUUCCCUGUAGAGGUGCCUGCCACUCCUGGAUGGGCCACUGUGGUUGGCAUCCCCCACCCCAACUCCUCUUGGGUUUAUUUAUUGCACGAACAUAAGUUAUUUUCACGUCCUCUUUGCCAUUCCGCCUCUCGGCACAGCCAGGAUGUUGGUACAGAGCCAUACUUUAUAUUUUAUAUAUGCAAAUCACAUUUUAUCUUAUAUAGAGCAAAAAAAAAAAAAACUUAUUUAUUUUCUGACUUACAAUAUGUGUCCUACCUGACUCCUCUGUAUUUUGUAGACUUUACAAAUAAAGGAAGUUCUUUUUUUUUUUUUUUCCACA